GGGCAGGUAUGGCCUCCCACGACUCCACCUGGGAGAGUGAGUUACUGGAGCAUUUGUCCUGCAUGUCUGUGAGCAGGGAUGAAAGCUGGAGUGAACCUGAAGCACCCAGCUCCGCUACAGCUCCGGGUCUGCUGAGUUUGAGUGAUGAGGUGUUGAUGGUGAUACUGGAGCACCUGGAGCCGGUGUCUCUGCUGAGGCUGGGCAGCACCUGUAGCACCAUGUUCAGGGUCUGUUCCUGUCACUUACUCUGGACUCAACACUUCCAGGAUUCGUUCGGGGUAGGUCUGCCAAACGCCACCGUUGCCGGUCACACCGCCAAAACCGCCUUCCGCCUGGUGUUCAUGUGGAGGGCCCUGUUCAGGAACAUCCACUGUAACCGGGCUCUCCAGGAGAAGCUGUUCGCCGAGGUGCCGUUUCCGCCCCACGCCUACUGGACGCAGUGGCUGGUGUUGGAGGAGCACGUGCCCUUACCCGCCGCCCGGCUCUCUCCUGGCGACGUGGAGAAGCUGUGGGGCGUGUCGAGGGAACUCCUCAAGGAGAAACUCGCAGAAAAAUCAGAAGAGGACGAGACCCUGAAGUUCGAAUGGCGGGAGCUGUAUAAUCUGGCCCACGCUCAUCACGGCAGCGUGACGAUGCUCUUCCAGCAUGUUCUCCAGCAGCACCAGAACAACGAUCAUUCUGAACUGGAGUCCAUGUACCACCAGUACUCCCAGUGCAGGUUUCAGUGGCUCUUCACGUACUGGCUCUUCCGCCAGCCGGCGCCGUUCAACCGGCAGAUCCGCUCCAUCUUCCUGCAGUGGAGGAAGCACAGUAAGGAGAAGGUGGCCACGUGGGGGGAGACCCUGUGUGAUGUUCGGUACCUGGCAUCCCUUCACCCCAUUACCAGUGACUACUGGAGGGGCAGACUGGCUCGAGGAGAUGAGAACAUCGGGAUUCAUACAGUUGGGAACUACUUCUCCAUGUGCAAGUCACUAAUGGCCUGGAUCCUGGGUCGAGAUUGGGGCAGACUGAAGCGCAGGAAGGUAUACGAGGACACUCUGGACGGCGUGUACUUGCUCCUGAAGAGGGAAAUGCAGGAGCGCCUGGUGGAACAUGAGCGCUUCUGGCAGGUGGCCAAGGUACAGAUGAGCAGGGUGUGCGCUCUGGAGGAGACCGCCACCAAUUACGUCAACUGGAAGAUGAUCGAGACGCUUCCCUACUACAAGUUGUACCUGGUGUCGGGUAACGGCGUGUACCUGGCUCAUGUGCAAGGCUUUCUGAGGAGGAAGAGGUUCCUCCAUGACUGGAUCUUUCUAGAAGAGAACGCCUGGCUGAGGGAGCUUCUGCCAGACGAUCUGUAUACGUUACUGGAGUACGACACCAAGAUCGCUCAGGGUAGUCUACACGGCGGCUCGGCGUGCGCCCAGCUGAGUCGGCUCGUCUGGCUGUACCUGCACUCGGGUGAGCGGCUGUACGUGGAGGGCGUGAAGGAGAUGGUACUGCAGUACGCCCACGCCCGCCUGGCACUCGGCGCCGACGUCCUCUCGCCCGACGCGUGGCUCCAAGUGCUCAGACCUGCCGCGACCUGAACCGCCCGGGAGAGCCGGUGGUUUAGAUCUUUAAUACUUUUAGAGCAAAUAUAUUUUUAAUUGUAUUUUAUCACUUUUAAUCGCUAUUGGGGAACUAUAGACAUUAGAAUGAAGUAUGAUGGUGGUUGAGUGAUGGGUGCUGGACCGUGAUGGGUUGGGGGAUUUUUUUUUUAGGUUUAAUUUUUCUUUUUUAUAUAUAUUUACAUUUUUUAACUUGCUGCUAUUCAUGUAACAUUUUCCAGACUGCAGUAAAUGAUGUUUUGCACUUCUUCAUAACUUUUUUUCAAUAAUGCACGAUCUGUGUUCACCGUCUCUGCUGUAUUACUGUGUCGGAUCAUUUCAGCUGUAAAUGUUUAUUUGUUUAGAUUCUUUUUGCCUUUUUUAGCUUUAAUUUUGCUUUUUAAUUUAACACUUUCCAGGCUGCAGUAAAAUGAAGUUUUGCGCAUUUUUAUGACUGUCAAUAAUGCAAGAUCGAUAGAACCAUGACGGAUCAUUUUAGCUGUAAAUGUUUAUCACUGGAAUGAUUUUUCCUAAAUACGUGUCAUCUUUUUGACGUCCCGGAACACGGCAGUGGUCCUGAGAUUAUUAAAAACCACUUUUACUUGA